UGAAACAGCGUCAGAUCACGUAACACGCACUUCAUCGCUUACAGCUGUAUACAGUGUCGAAGUUUCGCUUUCAUAAAAGUUCAUCCUGCUCGCUGAAUUAAAACUUCUGACCCGCGAUCAGUAUUAAAAAGUCUGCCGGAGUAUAAAAGAGCAGCACAUUCGCGUUUUAGAUUAAUGGACAGCAUUGAACUCGUUUUAAAUGCAAACUAAUAUGUGAUUACAGAGCUUGGAUUAUCUAUUGGACCGUUUUAAAGAAGAGUGUUACGUUACACUAUGGCGGAUGGAGCGAGUCUAAACGCAAGUUGUUUGACUUCUCGAGCAAAGAAAGUCAACAACAGCAGCAGCAGCACUUCAACAGCAGCGAACAUGAGGAGAAAGACACGACAGAGCAACAGAAGAGACAUCCACAACCGGGUCGUGUUGGAGAAGGUCCUGGGCAUCACUGCCUCCAGCAGCAGUGCUUUAACCUGUGAGCCCAACACUGGUUUAGUGGCUUAUCCAGCAGGUUGUGUUAUUGUCAUCCUGAGCCCAAAGAAGAACAAGCAGACUCACAUAUUUAACACAUCCAGGAAAACCUUCAGUGCCUUGGCUUUCUCACAGAAUGGAAAAUACUUGGUGUCUGGUGAGAGCGGGCACAUGCCCUGUGUGCGGGUGUGGGACGUGGCAGAGCGGACACAGGUGGCAGAGGUCCAGGGCCAUAAGUACGGGGUGGCGUGUGUGUCGUUCUCCCCCAACGGAAGCUACAUAGUGUCUGUGGGAUACCAGCACGACAGGACGGUCAACGUCUGGGAGUGGAAGAAGGGGACUGUGAUUGCAUCCAAUAAGGUGUCCAGCCGCGUGCUUGCGGUGUCUUUCUCGGAGGACAACAGCUACUUCGUGACCGCAGGGAACAGACAUGUGAAGUUCUGGUACCUUGAUGCCUCAAAGGAAAGACGGGUGAACAGCACCGUGCCUCUGAUUGGUCGCUCAGGGCUGCUCGGGGAGCACCAGAACAGUCAGUUCUGUGGUCUGGCGUGUGGCCGUGGCUCUAUGGCCAGCAGCACCUUCUGCAUCACACACACGGGUCUGCUGUGCCAGUUCAACAGCAACAGACAACUGGAUUCCUGGGUCGAUCUCAAGACGACAUCAGCACAGUGUUUAUCGGUGAGCGAGGCGUUUGUUUUCUGCGGCUGUGCAGAUGGCACAGUGCGUGUGUUCAGUCCUCAGGACCUGCGUUACAUCAGCACCCUGCACCGGCCGCACUGCUUGGGAGUAGAUGUGUCCCAGGGCACCCAGCCAGGGCAUUUGUUUGGCUCCAACCCAGAAGCCCAGUAUCCAGAUACCCUGGCUUUAACCUUUGACCCUGUAAAAAGGCACUUGACGUGUGUGUAUAAUGACCACAGUGUGUACGUAUGGGACGUGCGGGACAUUCGAAGCGUAGGGAAGGUCUACUCCGCUCUGUACCACAGCGGAUGUGUGUGGAGUGUGGAGACCUACCCUGAGCUUGAAGAUUCAUCUGCGGCCUGUUUGUCACCCGGCUCUUUCUUCACCUGCUCAUCCGAUAACACCAUCCGCCUGUGGAAGAGCGAGUCCACGCAGAGUCAAGCCUCAGGACAGGGCCUUCGCCACAACCUUUACAGCCAGGAUAUCGCACGGAUCGUGUAUGUGGAUGAGGACACGCAGUACCUCAAAGCUGAGGCUGAGAAAGCCGAGGGGGCAAGCCAGGAUGGUAAAUCUGGGAUCAGGGUGCUGGAAAUCAGCCCAGAUGGCCAACUUUUGGCUGCUGGAGACCGCAGUGGGAACCUGAGGAUCUUUGGCUUGCAUUUCAUGGACGAGCUGCAGAAAAUCGAGGCUCAUGAUUCGGAGGUCUUGUGUCUAGCCUUCUCCCCGACUGAGUCUGGUUUGCAUCUGUUGGCUUCUGCCAGUCGUGAUCGGCUCAUUCACAUCUUUGACAUGGAGAAGAAAUGCAAUCUAGUGCAGACGGUUUACGAUCAUUCGGCCUCCAUCACUGCCAUCAAGUUUACAGGACUGAGUUCAGAGCUGUGUAUGGUCAGCUGUGGGGCCGACAAGAGCAUCUAUUUUCGAUCUGCUGAAAAGACCUCGGAGGGCUUGAACUUCUCCCGAUCCCAUCACAUCGUGGAGAAGAGCACUCUGUAUGACAUGGACCUGGACGCCACACGCACACACACGGCCAUCGCCUGCCAGGACCGCAACAUUCGAGUGUACAAUGUGCAGAGUGGCAAGAUGAAGAAAUGUUUCAAGGGCUCCCUGAAUGAUGAUGGGACACUGCUUAAGGUUCAGUUGGAUCCCUCUGGGAUGUUUCUGGCCACCAGUUGUUCAGACAAAAAUAUCUGUAUCUUUGACUACGAGUCAGGCGAAUGUGUAGCCGCCUUAUUUGGACAUUCAGAAAUUGUUACAGGUAUGAAGUUCAGCCAGGACUGCAGGCAUCUGAUCACUGUCUCUGGUGACAGUUGUGUGUUUGUGUGGCGGCUGGACUCUCAGAUGACCAACUCCAUGAGGAAGAGGCUGGCAGAGAGGAAGCAGCAAGCAGGCCUGAGGGUUCAACAGGCCCCCAGCCAACAGCAAGCCAUCAGGAGAGAGACCUACAUCACUGUACCCUGUAGUGCUUUGCCUCACACGGAGGAGGAAGAGGAGGGCAGCUUAAUGCCAGAGGAGACUCCAGACGAUGAUGUGGAGGACUGCAGGACUCCAGACAGGCUUGAUUCUACUGAUGCAUCUGUGGAUUCAGUGGUGCUCCAAACCAAUGGCAAAAUGCCCAUGUGGAUUCGUAGACUGGGUGGAGGAGGUGAAAAUGGUGGUGGUGGCAUAGCUAGUAGAGCUCAGUACCAGCCACAGGGACGCUGGGCAGUGCAGUCAGAUCCACUAGCCAUCCGCACAUUACUGGAGAUGAAGAGCAUGCAGCUUCCCCUCUCACACACUCCCUGCAGAGCCGUGGGAGAGGAAGAGUUUGAGGAAGACUCUCGCUUUCAUCCGCAGAGUUUGGACAGCCUGCUGGAUGAAGAUGUUGACGACGAUGAUGAUGAUCUAGAGGAGGAGGAAAAGAUUUGCAGUGAUUCCCAAGUUGGGUUUAGCUCUUCACUCCAAGGGCCAGAUUUUCUGCAGUUGCCACAUGGAGAGGAGAACUUCCACCCAGAGCUCAGCUCACCAGAGAAGACGGGCUAUAUUUUGUACCCAGCCAAUAGCACAGCUCUGUCCACUGGAGAAGGAGAGUUUGAUGUUAAAGCUUUGUGUGAGGGUGCAGAUGAGGACCCAGAAGAAGAAGAGCUGAGCCCAGAUAGCGCUUGUUCGGCUAGUUCAGCCUCCCAUAGUGACCAGCCCCAUGACCAGGACACAGACUCCCUCAGUCAAGUGAGCUCCACAGGAAGCUCGGGAGUUGAAGAAGAAGAGGAUGUAGAAGAAUCUGGAACAUUGCUUCGCCAACAUUUUGACACUUUGGGUGUGGCUGCUAAUGAAAAGUUCAACAUGGACUUGAGCAGUCUCCAGCCGACAACAGAGAGUAACUUCCUCAAUCCUCGUCUGAGCAUUUCCACACGCUUCCUCUCCCGCUUUCAGAGCCGCUUUCGCACUGUUGGGACUAGUAGCAGUGCUGUUUGCCGGCCUGCAGCCUGUCUGCCCAGUAUACCGGAUGAAUCCAGUGAUAGCUGUCCAACCUUCAAUGACACAAUGGACAAGUCCAAGGUUCUUUCAAACAACAGUGGAAGCAUUGAGGAGAACGAGAAGAGUGUUACCAAGAAACGCUCCUCAGUGGCUGCUCGGAAAUCUUGCCAUGCUCUGGGAGAAAUCACAAACAAGAGCAUUCUGUCCAAAGCUCAUCAUAACACUACAGGCAUUCUCGCCACCAAAUCUACCAGCAGUGUGUGUGACCCAUUAGUUACACGCUCCCGCCAAAGCUACAUGGGUCCCACUGCAAGCUCCCGUGCAAAGAAAACCCAGAGCAACUCUGUGGAGACAUCAGAAGAAACGCAGUUAAAUGCCCUGUCUUCGUCUCUGGACCUAACUGUGGACCAAAGCAAAGAGAACAUUGUUCCUCCUUCCUCUUCAGGUCUCUCCUCUGGAUCAUCUCAACCGACACCAGCUCUCUCUAAUCCUGCCUUGGGUAACCACAGUGCCCGGGCAGCUCUUCGAUUGGACCUCAUUGGCCCCAAUCGUGCCAGUCUGUCACCGUUGGCGCUCAAGAGCCGUCUAGGGAAAGCUGAACGUCCAGAGUCUCCACGUCGACAGGCUUUGGUGACGCCCACAGAGAUGCGGUCACUGGGGAAAGAGUGUCGGAAGCAGAUCGUUAAUAUUGAGCAGAGCUUGGUUUCGAAGACUUCAGGCAGGUCUUCGACAGGGUCUGAAAUGUUUGCCAGGAACUCUACAGUGUCAGAAACCAGUCCUUCUGUGAUUGAGGAGCUGCGGUUUACAGAGUCAUGUGGAAACACACAGGCCACUGAUCAGAUCUCAAUGACUCUAGACAGAGAAGAUCCUUCACAAAAUGACUGCGCUGGAGAGGACACAGACUCGUUGAGUGUCCAGAUGUGUAAGGAAGUGGUGAAUGAACUCUGGCAGACCAUCCAUAAAGCAACUGGCUUUUAUAACAAGUUGUGCUCCAUCCCGGAGCUGUCGGAGCAGCAGGAACAGAUGAAGAGUAUUUUGCAGGAGGUGUUUGUUGGGGUACAGAGGGAAUUGAAGUCCCUGUGCCCACAAGAGACACACCCCUCGAUCGUAAGCACCCGUCCUGUACCGGAGGAAUCCCCCGGCCGUCAACUCCGGGACGAAAGGACUGUGGCCCUCCUGGAGAAAUAUUCGGAGAUGCUCUUACUGCGAAUGACUGAAAAAGGAGCACAGGCCACACUGGAGUAACGGCCCGGUUCCCAUCAUUUUAUUGGCAAAAUUGAACUUCUAAUGGUGUAUAUGAAUAAACACCUUUAAACUUUAAUAUCUUCCAUUGGUUUUAUGUUUUUAAAUAAAGAUUUAAAUGCAUAUUUGGAAUUAUUUUUAUUUUUUUUGUAAAACUUGUAGGUCUGGCAGGUCUUUAAUACUUUUUUUUUUUUUUUUUUAGCACUACGUGGUCACACAUUUAGUCACAUACCCUUUUUAUCCUUUAGUGACCUUCAGGACCCCCCCUCCCAAAAAAAGGUUAUUUCCAUGGCAUUUCAUGUACAGUUUUCAAACAGUGUUAUCCUCAGAAUUCAGACCGUUGAAUUAUGUACUCGGUUUUGUUGAAGUUCUUGAUGUUUGAUGCUUGUGUAGUUUUACACCAUAUCACACCACCACAACCGCACGGACUAACUAAGAGAUGUUCCACUGUCAUGUUAUUUUGAGUGUUUUUCGGAAUAAUGAUGUGUCAACAUUUCCCUAAGCAUCAGGCUGUGACUCACAAUUUGUUUCCCACUGGUGUGCUGAUUAUGUUUUCUCAUGUUGGUGUGCAAUCCUUUUUUUUUCCACAUAAAAUGUAUAGUUUUUCCAAAGGCUUUGUAAAUAUGUUUUAACCAGCGAUUUACACUUUAUUUUAAUAUUAAACAUUCAAAUAUGA